UAGUAAAACAAAAAUGUAAAUAAUGUGCGUGCUCUGACUUCAAUGGACAUUAAUAUAUGCAAAUUGCAAUCAUGACCUCGGCUACUGCGACUUUCACGUUGAGCCCCUCCAUAUAUCACCCCCACCACCGCCGCAGCCAUGGAGGCGCCGCUGCUCGAGUCGACUUCCGGCGAUCUCCAGCUGUUCGGGGAUAACGGAGACUACCUGCCGGUGAAGGGGCUGAAGGCCUGGUGGAGAGUUGUCUGCGUAGAAUCAGGGAAGCUAUGGAGAAUCGGCGGCCCGAUAGCGUUUCAGAUCGUCUGUCAGUACUCAACCGCCUCCGUCACCACCGUGUUCGUCGGCCAUCUCGGAGAUGUUGAACUCGCCGCCUUUUCUAUUGCACUCUCUGUUGUCUGCACCUUCUCCUUCGGUUUCAUGCUUGGAAUGGGAAGUGCCCUAGAAACACUCUGCGGUCAAGCAUUCGGCGCAGGUCAAGUCCACAUGCUCGGCAUUUACAUGCAACGAUCAAUUAUAAUACUUCUAUCGACCUGCAUACUCGUUUCACCACUCUAUAUAUUCGCCACCCCAAUCCUCAAAUUACUCGGUCAACGGGAUGAAAUAGCCGACUCUGCAGGAGUUUACACACUCAUGGUUCUCCCUCAAUUGUGUUCUCUAGCUAUUGCUUUUCCCACCCAAAAAUUCCUCCAAGCCCAGAGCAAAGUUUCCGUUCUUGCUUGGAUCGCAGUAUUUACUUUGGCUUCAUUAACUUUCAUGUGUUGGCUGUUUGUUUGCGUGUUCGGAUGGGGUGCAGCUGGUGCAGCACUAGCCUUUGAUCUGGCGAGUUGGGGCUCUGCGAUUGGUCAAUCCGUGUACGUGAUUGGUUGGUGCAAGGAUGGUUGGAAAGGGUUCACGUGGGCCGCAUUUCGGGAGAUUUGGGCCUUUGUGAGGCUGUCGUUUGCAUCUGCCGUUAUGUUAUGUUUGGAGAUUUGGUAUAUGAUGAGUAUUAUUAUCCUCACUGGCCAUCUUGAUAAUGCCGUCACUGCCGUUGGUUCCCUUUCUAUAUGCAUGAACGUUGACAACUGGGAAGCCAUGGUGUUCAUGGGAGUCAAUGCUGCUAUCAGUGUUCGUGUCUCGAACGAGCUUGGCAUGGGACAUCCGAGAGCAGCCAGAUAUUCGGUUUACGUUAUUCUUUCCCAGUCCGUAAUGAUUGGGAUUAUUUGCAUGAUUGUCGUACUUGCUACUAGAAACCACAUUUCCGUCAUUUUUACUGAUAGUGAAGAUAUGCGAAGGGGAGUUUCCCGCCUUUCCGGACUUCUUGGAAUUACAAUGCUUCUCAACAGUGUUCAGCCAGUCAUAUCAGGUGUGGCCAUAGGAGGCGGAUGGCAAGCGCUCGUAGCGUACAUCAACUUAGCAUGUUACUAUGCUUUUGGUCUGCCUUUGGGAUAUCUUCUUGGUUACGUGGCUAAUCUCGGAGUCGUGGGACUGUGGGGAGGAAUGAUAGCUGGAGUGGGAUUGCAGACACUGCUGCUAAUUGUGGUACUUUACAAAACCAACUGGAACAAGGAGGUUGAGCAAACAACAGAGCGCAUGAUGAAGUGGGGUGGUCAACUGCUCUGAUACCAUGUUAAGAUUUACAAUCAUGGAAUUUGGGGAACCGCCAUUAACGGCUUAGAGAGGAUGAAGAAGAACAGAUAUUUUAUUCUGAUUGUGGAGAAAAGUUUUACAAGUGAAUUGAAUACACGUCA